GCUGCUGGUGAUUAGUAAUUAGCUCCUUCAGGAGAAUGUGUGGCUUGUCUCAUUUGCUGCUUCAUUGAGAAUGGAAUACUUUUAGGUUUGAUGCUAUCUGCUACAUUAUCUAUUUUUACCUUUUUUGCCACUUUGGAACGACGCCACUCUUAUUGUGAGUUAAAGACUUUUUUUUUACCUGGACUCCACUCCUGUGUCUGCAUCACAACCAUGCCUAAACGUGACAGGCGGAAGCGUUCCUCAAGAUUGACAUCCUCGUUGUACGAUCAUUCGGAUAAUCCGGAUCAAGACCGCAGCCGCAACGGAUUCAGUGUGAGCCCGAGAGGGAGCCGCCACGCCCGUAACAUGAGCCGUCCCGUCCCGGCCAAGGCUGCCUGUUCUCCCGGUGACAGUUCACGCUUGUGCAUCGCUCUCUAGACCAAGACCUCCAAGUGCGGCAUUGCUUCAGCACCACAACCGCUCACAAUGUCCCCGUUCGCCGAAUAAGAGACACACAGAGAGGAAGCCUGGAUCCUCGGACCCCGCCGUGUCCACAGUCCUCAUCCGUGGAGGUGGUGUGGCUGCACCGCAUGGAAGAAGAUCCAAGAGGGAUAGCAAGGAGGGACGCUCUGUUUUGGAAUCAUCCGCUGUUUUGAUCCCCUCAGACGGCCUUGCAUGGAGACGACAUCAUGGCUACGUUUGUGUGCCGGGUCCAGUUCUUAGAUGAUACUGAUCCAUUCAACAGCACCAACUUCCCGGAGCCCAGCAGAGCUCCUGUGUACACCUUCAGGGAAGAUCUUCCUCUCAUAAAUCAGAUAGCUGGUGUCCACAGGCUCCUCAAAGCCCCCCACAAGCCUGAUGACUGUGCACUGCAAUUGUCCCACAAUGGAAGCUAUCUGGACUUGGAGUCGACGCUGGCGGAGCAGAAAGACGAACUGGAAGGAUUUCAAGAAGACGGAGGAAGAGGCAAAAAACACAGCUUUAUACUUCGAACGCAGCUGUCAAUCAGAGUCCACGCCUGCAUCGAAAAACUGUACAACUCCACUGGAAGGGAGCUGAGAAGAGCCCUGUUUUCCCUCAAGCAGAUAUUUCAGGAUGACAAGGACCUGGUGCACGAGUUUGUGGUGGCCGAGGGACUGACCUGUCUGGUAAAAGUGGGAGCUGAAGCCGACCAGAACUACCAGAAUUACAUCCUCAGAGCUCUUGGACAGAUAAUGCUGUUUGUGGAUGGCAUGAAUGGUCUCAUCACCCAUAAUGAAACAGUCCAGUGGCUUUACACUCUUGUUGGAUCCAAGUUCCGUCUGGUGGUGAAGACGGCCUUGAAGCUCCUGCUGGUGUUUGUGGAGUACACGGAGUCGAACGCCGCCUUGCUCAUAAAGGCUGUGAAUGCUAAGGAUGCUAAAAGUGGUGCAAAACUAUGGGGGAACAUCAUGGAGAUCUUGGAUGAGAAGGAUGGAGUUGAUACGGAACUGCUGGUAUAUGCAAUGACACUUAUCAACAAGACUCUGGCAGGUCUCCCUGACCAGGACUCCUAUUACGACAUGGUGGACUGUCUGGAGGAGCAAGGCAUUGAGACCGUGACACAGAGGCACCUGAGCAGGAAGGGCACCGACCUUGACCUUGUAGAGCAGUUGAACAUCUACGAGACGUCUCUCCGGCAUGAAGACGGUGACGACGAGACGCACCUGCCUCCCAGAAGGGAUCGGCGUCAGGCGAGCGUCGGUGGCGCCAACGAGCGUUGCGGCCUGGAGAGACGGCGGAGCCGCAGACAUUCACUCCAAAACAGCAGAGGUCACUCCUCGGCCCCUGCGUCGCCCUGCAGCCCUCAUAUGAGCAGCUUCCUCGCUUUUGGUGGCCAAUGUGUUGAAGACGUUACUGAAAGAGACGAGGAAGAGGAGGAAGGAGAGGAGGCGGAGAAUGAGGAGGAUGAGGACGACGAGGAGGGGGCAGAUGAUGAAAGUCAUGCAGGCUCUGAGUCCUCUAGGCAGGGCACUCACAGAGUCGCCUCCAAUGGAAGUCCGUAUCCAGGCAGGCACCAGACUCCAUCCACACCCAACGCUCGCUUCACGACUACAGCGACCUGCACACCAGAUUCCAGAGCCGACCGACCUGCUAUAGGAGGCCUGCUGAGCUCCUCAUACAGACAGCAUCAGGAGUCUCUGGCUGCGGAGAGGGAGAAGAGACGUGUGGAGCGAGAAGAACGUCUGCAGAGGAUCGAAUGGGAGGAGCGGAAUCGCUUCAAUCGAGAUUAUGUCGACAAAAGAGAAGAAGCAAGACAAGCCAGAGAGGAAAGGUACAAGGCUGUGGAGAGGCUCGCAGCCGAGGAGUUUGAGCAAGAACGACCCAGGGUUCCAGUCAGGGGCCGCACAGAGAUCACGCUGUGUUUGAGUUCCAACCCUGUCGUCCGCUCAGCAUCCCGCUGUGUCACGACAUCAUCCAUCGUUUCACAGCAAGCCCCGUCGGAGACGCCAUCCAUCCCCGAGUCAAAACUUGACCCAAAGGCCAGAAGCAAAAGUCCUGCAUCAGAAUUUUGUCCUUCACCUCCCUCACAACCAAAUAUGGCUGAAACAGAGCAGCCAGCGGACACGGAGGAUGUUGCUGAGAUUCAGCCAGAUCAGAAUGUACUUGUCGAGCCAGAGGAGUGUGAAGAGGGAGGAGUGGAAAGAGGAGACAGGCAAGAAGAGGAGAAGAUAGAGGAGCAGGAAGAGCGUGAGACGGAGAGAGACGUAGAGGAGCGAGUGGAAGGUGAGCUACAGGUAAAUGGAGAUGGAGAGGAAGCAGCUAGCGUAGCGGAGGGCUGUAGUACAGCAGAGGUCGUGGAUGUCGUGGAUGUUGAAUUAGAGGAGGAUUGCGAGAAGGAUCAGAUCAUAGAGAGGGAUGUGGAGGAAAGUGGAAUGCUGAGUGAGAAGGAGAGACAAAACGAGGAAGUAAACGAAAAGGACAACUGCUCUGCAUCCAGCAUCUCCUCCACCAGCAGCACCCUGGAGAGGGAGGAGCGGGAGGAGAAAGUCAAAAAUGACAUUGACGCAGGCCAGUGGAGCCAGUGCAUCAAAGACUCAGAGGAGAACCACAUCCUCAGCAACAAGCACUUCAUGCUGGACAUGCUCUACAACUCCAUCAAGGAGGACGCAGAAGGAGAAACGGAGAAAGAAACUCAAUGCAAAUGUGAAAAGGACACAGAGGACGCCGACUCCUCUGUGGCCAGCUUGGCCAGCAGGAUCUCCACAUUGGAGGCUCACAGACAGGCCAGAGAAGAAAAUGUGAAGAAGAUGGAGGUGGGGCACCUAGACAAGCAGGGCACUGUGCGGGCAGUGGCGGAGAAAUUUGGAGAUCUAGUCAAAGGUCUUACAUCUCCUACGGAAGUGGAGGCCGCAGUGGACAAAUCCUCCAGUAGCAUCUCGUCCGCCCAGAAGAAGGAAUCAGACCAAAUCUGGGAUCAACUGAUGGCCACGCCUAAGGAGCUACGCAUCAAGGAGAUGGAUUUUACCGACCUCCGAGAAGAAGAUGACAUGGAUAUUUUAGAUUUGAACAGCAUGAUGGGGGCGCGUGAUCUUCUCCCACCGCCACCUCCCCCGCCUUGCAACGUCGCUCUACCACUACCCCCGCCCCCUCCCCUCCUUGGCAAAAUGAUGCACCCACCUCCGCCGUUUUUGGCGCCUGUGCCACCACCUUCCCCGCAGUUGACUCGGGGGGAGGUCCCUCUCUUCCUCAAGAAGAAGAAGACCAUCCGGCUCUUCUGGAACGAGGUGCGCCCUAUGGAAUGGCAGUGCAGGAGCCACAAGUUCUGUAAGGAGUCCUUGUGGUCCAAACUGGAGCCACUUAAACUGGACACGUCCAAGCUGGAACAGCUGUUUGAGUCCAAAUCUAAGGAACUUCCUGUUACCAAGAAAGCGGCAGUUGACGGCAAAAGGCAAGAAAUCAUCGUCCUGGAUUCCAAACGCAGCAACGCCAUAAACAUCGGCCUUACGGUCUUGCCACCUCCUCGUACCAUCAAGACGGCCAUCCUCAACUUUGACGAGUAUGCGCUGAACAAAGAAGGUAUUGAGAAAAUCCUAACCAUGAUCCCCACGGAGGAGGAGAAGCAGAGGAUCCAGGAGGCUCAACUGCUCAAUCCGGAUAUUCCCCUGGGGAGCGCCGAGCAGUUCCUCCUCAUCCUCUCCUCCAUCACAGAGCUGUCGGCCCGCCUGCAGCUGUGGGCCUUCAAGAUGGACUAUGAGCUUAUUGAGAAGGAAGUGGCUGAGCCUCUCCAGGAUCUCAAAGAAGGGAUGGACCAACUGGAGAAAAACAAGACCCUCCGCUACAUCUUGACCACGUUGUUAGCCAUCGGCAACUUCCUUAACGGCACAAAUGCCAAAGGCUUCGAGUUGGGAUACCUGGAGAAAGUCCCCGAGGUGAAAGACACAGUUCAUAAGCAGUCCUUACUGCACCACGCUUGCUCCAUCGUGGUUGAGAAGUUUCCGGACAGCUCCGAUCUUUACUCCGAGAUUGGCGCCAUCACCCGCUUGACCAAGGUGGACUUUGACCAGCUUCAAGACAGUCUCUCUCAAAUGGAGCGAAGGUGCAAAGCAUCAUGGGAUCACCUCAAAGUCAUCUCCAAACACGAGAUGAAACCGGCGUUGAAACAAAAAAUGUCCGACUUUCUCAAAGACUGUGCGGAGAGGAUUAUUAUUCUAAAGAUCGUACACAGGAGGAUCAUCAACAGGUUUCACGCCUUCCUCCUGUUUCUGGGCCACCCCGUAUACGCCGUCCGCGAGGUCAGCAUUCACCGUUUUAGCAAGAUCCUGAGUGAAUUUGCCCUGGAGUACCGCACCACGAGGGAGAGGGUGCUGCAGCAGAAACAGAAGAGGGCCAACCAUCGAGAGAGAAACAAGACCAGGGGGAAAAUGAUAACUGAUAGCGGCAAAUUCGGGGGUCCGCAGCCCGACGCACACGAGAGCCAGCCUCAAGGCAUCCAGUACGCCGAGGACGCCGCCGAGCACCAGAACAUGAAGGCCGUGCUGAAGAGCAGCCUGCAGAGCGGAGACAGCGAGACAUCCACAAUGCCAGGCCUCCGUACCCGCACAAGAGCCGGCGGCACAAAAGGUCGAGUCCCUCCGUGGUGCGUGGCCAACGACGACGCCAUCAACUGCACAGACGACACAGCUGACGAGAUCAUGGAGCGGAUCGUGCGCUCAGCCACUCAGGGCCCCAGCCAGAGGACGCAACCUCGCGAGAGGCGGCGUUCGAGAGUCAAUCGCAAAUCACUGAGGAGGACGCUGAAGGGCGCGUUGACAUCAGAGGAAGCCAACUUCCUGGGCGUGUCCGGUGGUUCCGACAUGCAGGUUUGAAUGAGGAACUGGAGCUUGUUUGUACGACCGUGAGAGCAGAAGCUAGGCUGAGUUUUUUUUUUUUUUUUUGCUAAUGCACUGCUUGAUCUGUCGUUGAACUGCACACUAAGAGCACCUAAACGCAUCAUUGUGUGGCGGGGUGUUUUUUUGUUUUUUUUUGAGGGGGGGUUGAAGUGAGAGCAACAAGUCCCAAAGAUGGUUACUGUGUACAACACUACUGUGGUACUUUAGUCUCUCUGCACAAGGUGCACUGGAUGCUAAUUAGCUGGCUAGCAAUAGAAUGUGAAAACAUGGAUAACAUGCAAAUAUUCCAUCCAUUUAUUCCAAAUAGAUUAUGUGUUGAGCUGCACAUUUCAGUGCCUUUUGUCACACUUAUUUAUUUAAAAAAAAGGCUGUGUGGGGUUAAUUACAUAACGUAUAAAUCCACCCCCCCCACCCAAACGUUGCCUUACAUUUACAUGGAAAGGCUCCAUAAUGACUUUUCACUUUAAACGCUGAAUGUGAACAUUAUUCAAUAUGCAUUUAUAAUGAUGUUAUAAAUGGACAAAAGUAGGCCAGUUUCUUUUGUUAUCUAAUCUGUUUUUUUUUUAUUUUUAAAUCAAAUUUGUCCCAAUUUCCAUGCGAUAUAUUGGAAGUGUAGCCAUGAAAAGAAAAAGAAAGCACCAGCAGGAGUCCAAGUGUAGCGUUUAACUCCAAUUCUAAUGUUUUUACAAGCAGAUGUGUAAAGUUACUUAGGUUAUGUGUUUUUUUUUUGUGUAGAAUAGUGUAAUAUAGAUAAAAAGCAGUAUUAUUCUAAAUAUAAUUUAAAGCGAAGCAACCAGUCUGUGCUGUUUUUUUUUUUUUUAAGAGUCACUUUUGGAAGGUACAGUUUGCUAUUAGUAACUCCGACGGAAGACUUUUGUGAUGUCAUUGCACUACCCGCUACCCCACUACCCUCAGCUUCAUCUGCAGCUAAUACAGCUCUUGGAAUUAAAAAUCUCAUGAAAACUAUUUUCAAUGUUGUGUCUUAUUUUUUUUUCUUAAGGGGAGAAGAAGAAGAAAAAAAAAGUUGCACACCCAAAGUCCCAAAAUUGAAAGUCUUAUGUUUUAUUUUGAGUCCACCACACAACCCCAUGCUUCAAGUCCCUGUGUGUGUUGAAGAGCACCUUCAAGGUCUAGUUUAUCGAUGGUGUUUAGUCGCAAACCGUUACAACGCUAUGACGUAUUUUGUCAUGUUUUUGAGGUGCUCUGGACCUAAAUGUGAUCAUGAUGAAUAAACUGCAGCGACAAUACAAUGAACAGGACAGCUACCGAGCUAAAAAGGAAAAGAAGUAUGGAAGGAAAUACAAUGGAGCAGAAACAAAAAAAAAAUAAAAAUACCAGCUGAAAAUCCAGUGCAACCCAACACAUGUUCUGCUAUCUGAAAGCUAAAAAAAAAAAAGGGCACAGGUUAAGAAUUAUAUAAUUUGUAUCUCCUGAUCAUAAUUGAAAAUCAAUAUACACGUUCCCUGAACAAUUACUUUUGCACAGUACCUCAAAAUUGUAUAAAUUACAAAAUGGAAUAUUCCCUUUCCACCAGACGUGAUUUACUUAGUAAAACCCCUGAAUGAGUGAAAGGCAGAAAGCUCUGACGCACGUUAAUAUUUUUUGUAUUGCUACAUCUUUUUCUUUUUUUUUU